UUUGUUCAUUAUACUAAGGGUCCCUUAUACUAACAAUAGGAUUUAAAAAAAAAAAAUCUACUAUUUUAAUUUGACACAAAAUUUUAAAAAAUAAAGAAAUCUUUUACAUAAUCUUAAAUUAAAAUUAUGUUAAAUAUAUCAAAAUAUUAUUUAAUUUUAUGGUGUUAAACAUAUCAAUUUAUAUAUUCUAAAAAAGAAAAAGAAUUAUUUUUUUAAAACAAAGAAACUAUAUUUAUUUGUUUAAUUUUCAAAUUAGAAAAGUAAAAUUAGAUAACUUUUUUUCAUAUAAUAAAAUAAUUAUUUUAUUUAUUAUUUUUAGAGAAGUAUUGGACAAGUAGAAGUUGAGCCCUGAGGGAGUAUAGAAACCUAACAUUGUAAGCAUCAACUCCAUUGAUUCGUUCAAACCUUACCUUUUUUUUAUAUAUAUAUUUUUGUUAAAAAAAGCAGAUAAGUGAAAUAGUUUAUUGAUUUCUCUGUGAGAGAUUCCUUUUUCCCGCUAAUCGAAUUGUUGACUAACAUUGAAUUCUUCAGUAUUUAUACCCUCUUUCUCUCUUCUCAAUUCAUUACUACUACUACACAAAUUCUAUUAACUCUCUCUCUAUCUCCUCUUGCUGCUGUUAUUUGGAUAAUACCCUCUGAUUGUUGGAGGCUGGAUUCUAAUAAGAUAAUUCUUUACGGAGCUCGAAGAAGGAAGAGGUUUGGCCAGCCUGAGGACUAUGGAUGGGAAGGAGAAUAAUGCUGCUAACGGUUCAGCAAACAAGGCUGUUCUUCCUAACUGUUGCUUGAAGGCCAGGGCAUAUGAUGAUCCUGAACUUGAAGCCAAUUGCCACGAAACUGUCGUUUCUGGAUGGUUCUCUGAACCCCGGUUGUCCUCAGAUGAAAAAGAGAGGCUAAUGUACUUCAACAAUCCAAUGUGGCCAGGAGAAGCACAUUCCCUGAAAGUAGAAAAGAUUUUAUUCAAGGGAAAGUCAGAAUAUCAGGAGGUUUUGGUUUUUGAGUCUGCAUCCUAUGGGAGAGUUCUAGUGCUAGAUGGCAUUGUUCAGUUGACCGAGAAAGAUGAAUGUGCCUAUCAGGAGAUGAUAGCCCAUCUUCCUCUCUGUUCAAUCAAAUCUCCUAAGAAGGUUCUCGUUGUUGGGGGUGGUGAUGGUGGAGUUCUAAGGGAAAUUUCUCGACACAGCUCUGUGGAGACGAUUGAUAUUUGUGAGAUUGAUAAAAUGGUUAUAGAUGUCAGUAAAAAGUAUUUCCCAGAUUUGGCUAUUGGCUUUGAGGAUCCUCGUGUCAAUCUUCAUGUUGGUGAUGCUGUUGAGUUUCUGAAGAACGCACCUGAAGGGAAGUAUGAUGCUAUCAUUGUUGAUUCAUCAGACCCUGUGGGUCCUGCACAAGAGCUUGUGGAAAAACCAUUCUUUGCAACAAUAGCCAGGGCAUUAAGACCUGGUGGUGUAAUUUGCAACAUGGCAGAGAGCAUGUGGCUUCAUACUCAUCUUAUUCAGGAUAUGAUCUCAAUUUGCCGUGAGACAUUUAGUUCUGUUCAUUAUGCAUGGGCCAGUGUUCCAACUUAUCCUAGUGGUGUCAUAGGAUUUAUCCUGUGCUCGACUGAGGGAUCAUCUGUUGAUUUUAAGCACCCUAUUAAUCCUAUUGAGAAGCUAGAGGGUGCUCUUCAGCAUCAGAGGGAACUUAGAUUUUACAAUUCGGAGAUGCAUGAAGCUGCUUUCGCACUGCCGUGCUUUUUAAGGAGGGAGGUGAGCUGUCUCCGCGAUUAGCCAUGUUCUGCAGGAGUGAGGAUUUAAGUUGUUGCAUUUUCUCUGAAAUUAUUACCCAUUUCUUUUCCUUGCUGCUGGAGUUUGUAUAAUGGUAUUGGUGGUAUACUGACUGAUCACACUUGUCACACGAGUAGCAGCAGGAAAUGUAGAUGUGGAUAUUUAUCUGUGUGGUUUGUAUUGGUAUUGAAGACGUGAACAUGUAAUAUGCAAGUUCCCAGUACUGCUAUAUCUAUUGUUAUGCAAGUUGAACUUUGUUACUCGUCUCUUAGUUGAUAUUGCAGACUUGAAUAAAUAUGUUAUGGCACUAA